AUGGAUCAGCAGCUGUUGCAUCCGGAUGGUGAAGGAAGCAACAUUGUUCAAGCAGACUCGGCCCCCGCAGCGGGCGCUUCCGCAGGCGAAGCAGUCCCGGCCGAAGCCCAGGCGCCCCCUGUGACCCUGAAGUUUGUGCUGCGAGAGUUGGCUCCGUUCUAUUCGAUGCCGCCGGCCCUGAUGGGGAGCCUCGAUCGGGACCCCGAGCAGCAGAAGCGGGUGCGGGACUUCCUGGAGGGCUUGCCCAUCACUAUCCGGGUCCGGCGGGACGCCAGCCACUUUCUGGAACUGCUGUGGAUCCAGACCCGCCUAGUCCCCCAAGCCCAUCACCCAGUCGUCACGAUACUGGACUCGGCCAGUCCCCAAUGGAUCGCUUUGUUCACCGAUGAGCUCGUCGAUGCCGUGGCUAGUUUUGUCGAUGGUUUGAAUGAACGCUUCCGUCGCCUCCGGUUGUCUGAGAGCAUCAGUCGUCCCACCAUCAUUCCCCCUCCGGCUCAUCUUGUCUCUCCAAACCCUCCCGAUGGCCCGGCCAGCUGCUUGAUAUGCCUGUCUAAGUACUCUACGGACUCCCAGCUUAUUAUCCUCAGAUGCAACCCAAAUCAUCACUACCACCGCAGCUGCCUCUCCAGAUGGGUUCUCAAAGAUACUUCAUGCCCUCGCUGCAGGGCCCAGCUGCAAUGA